AUGGGAAUGGAAGUUGACGUUCUAACUGGGAUGAACUACUAUUGGGAUGUAGUGGAUUUCAGUUCGAGCCGUCAACUUCCCUCUGAACUCGCUGAGUCUAGGACGAAACUCGGUUCAGUUUUUUCGGGUUACCUCUAUUCAUCAACACAAAGUACUGCAGAGACCACUUCAGUGGAAGGACAUCGCGAACCAGUAACUGAAACCGAUCGCAUAAUACAACACCUACCAGGUUUAGAGUCUCUCGAGACGAAAGAUGAAGCAGAUGAAACCAAUGCCAGUUUAAUACAACACUACUAUAACACAACAAAUCAUCCUCUCCUUGCUGAUAACAAAGCUCUAGCAAUACGGAGGCUAGAAAAUCAAUACAAAAAGCUCCGCCGUAAUAAAAAAGUAUGGGAGGAGUACUGCAAGGCCUUCGAUCAGCAACAUAAGUCGGGGAUAAUAGAAGAACGAGUCGUCAGCCCAUGGAAAAUAGGUGCUUUACAUUCCACAUCAAGCGGUAUCCAAAGAAAACAGUGCUGCCCAAAAUUACGCAUCGUAUUUGAUGCGUCGAGCCACAUGAGAGAUGUAUCCAAUCUGAACGAGUGUGUGCACCAAGGACGAACUCUAUUGACACAUUCUAUGGCACGCUAUCACGAGCACGGCUAA